AUGCGUUCUGGUGACUUGCUGAUCGAAGUCUCCAACAAAAAGCAAGCACAGCAAGUAAUGAAAAUGAAAGCUAUAGCUCAUAUCCCUGUAACCGCUGCCUCUCAUACAUCGUUAAACUUUUCAAAGGGUGUAAUCACAUGUGGUGAAUUGUUCAAUGUUCCCCUUGAAGAGAUCACUGUGGAAUUGAAAUCCCAAGGAGUGACCCAUGUACGCCAAAUUACCAUUAGGCGGGAUGAACAACUCCUUCCCACAAAGCAUUAUAUCCUUACAUUCCACAGACCAACAAUCCCAGAAUUUAUAUAUGCUGGAUAUAUUACACUUCCGGUCCGCCAGUAUAUCCCAAACCCUUUGAGAUGUUUCAAAUGCCAGCGUUUCGGCCACUCAAAGAUUAGUUGCCGCGGGACACUAACAUGCGCCCGCUGUGCAGGAAAAGACCACGAUAGUGAACAGUGUAACGCCCCCGAAAAAUGCGUGAACUGCGGAGGCUGCCACGCAUCAUUUUCUCGAGCCUGCGAACGCUGGAAAAUUGAAAAGCAAAUAACUUCGAUUAAAUUUAAAGAAUCAAUUUCUUAUUCUGAGGCAAGACAAAAAGUAUUAGCUGAAACACCCAAACUUGGUGUGAGCUAUGCAUCCGUUGUAAAAACACCCUUCUGUGAAAACUGUAAAUGUAAAAAUUGUAUGAAAUAUAACUCCCAAACUGCAAAUGUCAAAACUUCUUCAGACUCCGAGGUUGAAAAUACAGCAUCCAGUGCACCAGAAACUAGUAAACCAGUCCGAUCGAAAUCAAACUCCAAUUCUCAAAGAGCACUAAAGCUAAAGCUGUCAAAACGGGGACUCUCACCAAAAAAACUAAGAACUAAGUUAAAAAAAUCUGCAACACAAAAUUCUGUAGCUUUGGGACUUGCGACGAAAGGUAAUGUCCAUAAGGACUUAACGUCAAUCUUUGGCUCACCUAAAAGUCCCGAUACCAUUUCCCUCCAUCCGUCUGACGAGGAGGAUGAAUUACAAAAGAGUUGCGACGUUUCGCCAACUCUCCAUAACACUUGCCAUAAUAAACUCAAUUCUUCAGUUACUUAA